CGAACCCGGAUACGGUUCCACAGAACAAGCGGUAGCUGACGCCUUGUGAAAGAUCGAAGUGCAUCCAUGCCUUCGUGCACAAGUAUCCAUUCCUCCUGGAUAAGGGGUUAAAGGAGGGAAGUUAUCCAUUCCUCCUUCACUGUUCUCCUCACAAACUACCUGUAUUGUUUCUAGUGGCAAUCACAAUGGAAGAUUCCACCUUGGUAGCCCAAGUGGUGGUAGCUGUCUCACUCCUUUGGGUUUGCUCCAAAUGGAUUCGUCACUAUCUCGAAACGAAGCGUCCAUUUCCAGAUGUCCCCAUGCCAGACAAAAGCCACUGGCUGUUAGGACACCUCAAUUUGUUCAUUGAUGCAAACUUCCGCGCGUCAAUGGGUUCGCUCAAAGCGCCCACCAAUCAGUACGGGCAGGUGGGAACCUGGGCCUUUAUUAGACCUACACUCUUCGUCUUUGAUAUUAAAGAUGCCAAGACUGUGUUGAACAAGGAAUCCUACAGGUUCAGGCCAAAGCUCCUUAACAGGCAUGUUGCAAGAGUUACCGGAGAGCGCGCUCUGCUGGCAUUGAAUGGGAAAGAUUGGAGAUUGCACCGUCUAGCCAUCACCAAGACAUUCAAUCCUGACUUCCUUACAGACUGCCGCCAGGAUAUGCAAGAUGUCACCCAGCAAAUGGUGGAGAGUAUUCAGAGGAAGGUGGCCAAAGAAAGUGCUGAUAGCUCAGGGUUGGAACUUGACCUCGAACCCUUGAUGAAAUCAAUCACACUUGGGAUCUUCUGCAAAACCGCACUGAAUGUGGACGGAAUCGUCAGUGCAAAUGACAUGAACCCAUCCCCAGUAGCCACUGCCUUUGAAUAUUGCAUUGGGCAGUUGAUGAAACGCCUGAAAAGUCCCUUUUGGCCUCAACACCAAUUCUACUGGAUCCCCACAGAACAGAAUCGUCGACAGCUGCGGGAGCAUCAAAUGCUUCGUUCUCUUAUUUCUGAUCUCAUCUCAGAGAAACGCAAAACUAUUGAAGAAAAUCAGGAUGGUGCCACUGAUAAGGAUCUUCUGACACAUCUCUUGAAGGCUCACAAAGAUGUAAAAAGCAUGGGUAUCAUUGAAGCAGGACAAGUCACAGAUGAUGGCCUGACUGAUAGUGUCAUGUCACUCUUUCUUGCAGGUUAUGACACAACAUCAAUCAAUUUGGGAGCUGCCUUGUACCUACUGGCUCAACACCCUCAAGCUCAAGAGUACUGUGUCAGAGAAAUCCAGAGCACGAAGGAUGGAUUGAUUAAUCCAGAUGCGUUGGUGUAUUGUAAGGCUGUAAUCUGGGAGGCGCUUCGGAUGUACCCCCCUGCUGUAGUGACAGCUCGCACCAUGAGCAAGCCAAUGGAACUCAGUGGAGGUCUUGUGGUCCCUGAGGGCGCUGAUGUCGUUAUUCCUAUAUAUUCCUUUAAUCAUGAUGAGGAUGUCUUUGCUUGUCCCAACGAGUUCCGUCCUGAUCGUUGGGUAGCGUUUGAAGCAGACAAGGAAGAACGUUGGGUGGAACGAAGUGCCUCCGAUGACACUGGUGAUAUUCCAGCUGCCAACCGUUCCAAUAUGAUGUCCUUUUCGGCUGGUGGCAGGAAUUGUGUGGGUAUGAAGUUUGCCACUCAAGAAGCUGUCCUAGUCCUUGCAAACUUAUUGAAUGGUCUUGAAUUCAAGACUGUCCCUGGCUUUGAAUUCAAGACAUCCACAAAGGCAUUUCUCCACAAGCCUGACAAUGGUGUUCUUCUCAAUGUUAGUGCUAGGGCCUGAGAGUUUAGCAAUGGCCGCGUUAGGUUGAUGGUGUUUGGUUGGCAGAAAAAGACAAGUAAAUCCGGAGUUACAUUCUAUAACUAUAUUGAAGUCCGGAAUCUCAUACAUUCAAUGACAUUAUUCAGGCUGCCUCUAUUUCCUUUUGCUGUUGCCGAGACUUCCUCAAACUGACUAGAUAGCACUACCAGUAUCUGAUAAGCACUACCAGUGUCAUUCAUAAGCGUACAAAUGAGCACAGAGAUACAGUCAUAAAUUCGAUACAUAACAUGCAUCUACAAAAUGAUACAGG